AACCGAAUAUCAGCAAGGAGCGUGUAUACGAGAGUAACAGAUGAAACUCGGAGCGCUCCGUGUUUAAUCCGUUCAUUUCUAUCACUUAUUUAUAUUUAAAUAAGCUGAAAGUAAAAACAAACAAAAAAACUUGCAAAUGUCUAAGAAAAUCGACUGUUCAGGAACAGCUGCCAGGCAGCCUUUUUUUUACAUGCUCCGUGCUUCCGGUCAGGGUGAAGUCUGGAGCGAUGCCGACGAAGAAGCCAAGUUCCACCAGUAUGGCUGGCGCUGUUCCACUAAUGAGGAAAAUUAUUCAGCCCCCACGCUGAUCGGAAACUGGUACGAGAAGAGCUUCGACACCGGCAGAGCAAAGUCGUGUCGCCCUCGAACGUCCCAGUUCUCUCACUACUAUGAAACCACAUAUUCCUCAACUUUCACCAAGAAACCAACAGUUAACCACUCUUUCAAGAAAGAGCCUCAAAGCAUCCCGGAUCACCAGCCUGAUCCACCUCACACCUGUACACCAGGAGAGUCCCAAACUCCUGAUUGUACUUCAGUGGACACCAUUCAUCAGAAAAAAGUCCUGACAAGUUGUCCUAGAAGUGUCUAAACUCAAAAAUCUCUCAAUAAAUUUCAGUCGUCUUUCUGGGUACGUGUCUGCAUUAGGACAAGUUA